AUGUCCUACUCCAGCGAGCCGUGCGGCGUGAGCUGCCCGCAGCCCGUGGCCCAGAGCGUCAACGAGCCGUGUGUGCAGCAGUGUCCCGAGUCCAGGGCCCUGAUCCUGCCCCCGCCCGUGGUGGUGACCAUCCCGGGCCCCGUGCUCAGCACCUUCCCCCAGGAGAGCGUCGUGGGAUCGUCGGGCCCAGCCUGGCUGGGGCGCUAUGGGGGCUCCCAGGGUUUUGAGGGUUCCCAGGGCUACGGGGGCUCCCUUGGUUAUGGGGGGUCCCGGGGCUAUGGGGGCUCCUUUGGUCUAGGAAGCUUUGGGGGCUAUGGGGGCCCCUUUGGAUAUGGGGGCUCCUUUGGCUACGGCCGUUCCCUGGGUUAUGGAGGUGACACUGGCUAUGGGGGCUCCUUUGGGGGCUAUGGGGGCUCGUCUGGGGGCUAUGGAGGCUCCCUUGGGGGCUAUGGGGGCUCCUUUGGCAAUUGCGGGCGCUCCUAUAGCUCCGGAUUCUCCUCUCGGGGCCUGGGCUAUUCCCUGCCCGGCUUCCAGAGAUGGGGCAGAUCCCGCCGUGGGAGCUGUGGGGUUUUCUAA